CCAUUUUUCUUAGAGCCUAAAAACUAAAGCUGCCACUCAUAAUUUCUCACUUAUUUCCCCCUAAUUCCAUUCCCUGCCCCUUCUCUCACUUCAAUCCCCGGCGGAAUUCUUCACCGGAGCACCUCACUCGAUCCGCCGGAGCACCCCCUCUUCUCUCACAAGCAUGCAAGCUUGACAACUUACAUUUUUUCCCCAAAUACGUUGAUAAUUAAUGCUGUUAUUGCCCGCUUCUCAAUAUUUGGUGAUCUUUUAUGAUGGGAAGCAGCAGCUCAGAUGAAGAGUCAGAUUUCAGUGACUCAGAAAUAAAUGAAUAUAAGGAGAAGCCUUAUGAGCUACUUAAGGCGGGUACUUACAAAGUAAAGGGCCCAAAAGGUUCUCUUAGAUGUCCUUUCUGUGCUGGUAAAAAGAAACAAGAUUAUCAGUAUAAUCAUCUUUUUCAACAUGCUAUUGGAGUGGCUAAAGGCGCUGCCAGCCGAAGUGCAAAACAGAAGGCUAACCAUCUAGCUCUGGCAACUUUCCUAGAAAAAGACAUGGCUGGUGAGGCCGAGCCAAUGCCUCAACCUACCAUUUCUAUACCCGCUCCUAAACCUGAGAAGAGUGAGCUGUAUUGUUGGCCAUGGGUGGGGAUAGUUUCCAAUAUACAAGAUGAGCCAAAGAAUAGUGGUUCUGUUGAUCGUGGUGCUUACUGGUUAAAGAAAUUCUCCAAAUACAAGCCUAUCCAAAUUGAGAUGUUCUGGGAUGACCAUCAGCACAAUGCACAAGCCGUUCUAAUAUUUGAUCAUGAUUGGUUUGGAUUCAAGAAUGCAAUGGAAUUUGAGAAGUCCUUUGAAGCUGAUGGUCGAAGCAAGAAAGGAUGGGAUGAACGAAGAACUUCUCCAAGGCCUAAUCUGUAUGGCUGGUUUGCCCGUGAAGAAGAUUAUAAUUCAGGAGGGAGUGUGGGAGACUAUCUUCGGAGGAAAGGGGAGCUAAAGACGAUCGCUGACCUUGUGCAAGAAGCGACCAAGGAUAGGAACAAGAUUGUUGGCAAUUUGGUCAAUGAAAUUGAUUUGAAGAAUGAAAAUUUGGAUCAGUUGCAGAUUAAAUACAACGAGAAGACGUUGUCAUUGAGUAGGAUGCUUGAAGAGAAAGAUGAACUUCACCGAUCCUUCUAUGAAGAAACUAAAAAACUUCAACGCAUUGCUCGUGAACACAUAAAGAGGGUUUUGGAUGAACAAGAAAUGCUGAACAUAGAAUUGGAGAGUAAAAAGAAGAGGCUUGAUUCCUGGAGCAAAGAGCUGAAAAGCCGCGAGGCAUUAACUGAGCGUGAGAGACAAAAACUUGAAGAAGAGAAGAAAAAGAAUGACAUAAGAAACAGUGCACUUCAAUUGGCUUCUGAGGAGCAAAGGAAAGCUGACGAGAAUGUGCUGAGGCUGGUUGAAGAACAAAAAAGAGAGAAGGAAGAGGCGCUGAAGAAAGUUCUCGAGUUAGAAAGAAAUUUGGACGAGAAGCAAAAGCUUGAAAUGGAAAUAGAAGAACUCAAAGGAAAGUUGGAGGUAAUGAAACACAUGGGAGGUGAUGACGAUGCAGCUGUUCAGAAGAAGAUAAAUCAGAUGAACGAGCAGCUGCAGGAGAAGAAAGAGAAUUUGGAUGGUCUAGAAGAUCUAAACCAGCAAUUGCUAGCUAAAGAGCGCCAAAGCAAUGAUGAGCUGCAAGAGGCUCGCAAGGAACUAAUGGGGGGUUUAACUGAUAUGUUGAGCAGCAGCCGUGUUAAUAUAGGGAUAAAGAGAAUGGGCGAACUCGAUGAGAAAAGCUUCAAAAAUGCAUGCAAGCAAAGAUACCCACCCGAAGAAGCUGAUAUCAAGGCUCUUGAACUCUGCUCCCUGUGGCAAGAAAAGCUAAAGAAUCCUGAAUGGCACCCAUUCCGAGUCGUUGAAGAUAGCAAGGGGAAUGCUCAGCACGUGUUGAAAGAGGACGACGAAUUGCUAGUAGACCUCAAAGAAGAAUGGGGAGAAGAAAUCUAUGACGCUGUUGCUACAGCCUUGAAGGAAAUCCAAGAAUACAACCCGAGUGGGUGCUAUGUGGUUCCGGAGCUGUGGAACUUCAAAGAAAACAGGAAGGCCACUCUGAAGGAAGUCAUUGCAUACAUUUUCAAUCAACUGAAGACGCUCAAGCGCAAGAGAACCUAACAAGAUCUCAAUCACUGAGGAUUUCAAACAGCCCAUUUCAAUCUGGGAAACAAACCCAAGAUCUUCAUUUUUCACUUCUUUUCUGAGGCUGUUUAUUAUCUGAGUUGUAGUUAUUAUGAUCCUAAAUCUAAUUUGCAUUGUUUCCUAAUGCUGAAAGACCAAGAAACUGUUUCAUCAGCUGUUGGGCAUUGUCUGGAAUUGCUCAAACAAUGCGUUCGUGAAAUAAUUAUGUUAUUGCAUUUGCCUAA